AUGGCACCAAGCUCCGCCUCCGCAGAUCUCCACGGCCGCGUAGCAAUUGUAACCGAAGCUUCGCGCGGAAUCGACCGCGCAAUCGCCAUCCACCUCCGCUCACUCGGCGCCAAGCUAGUCAUCAACUACACUUCCAGCUCAACCCAAGCCGAUCUCCUGGCUUCCGAGCUCAACGCCGAAGCCACCGACAGCUGUCCAAUCGCCGUUGCUGUCAAGGCCGACGUGUCUAAUCAGGAAGAGGUCAGAUCGCUCUUCGAUCGAGCGGAGCAGGAAUUCAAAACUCCGGCGCACAUCCUCAUAAACUGCGCUGGAGUUUUUGGAUCCCAAGUAUUCCACAAUUAA